AUGGAAGGUGACACGGGGCCUCGCACGGUGCCGGUCGGUUACUGCCUGUUUGCGGCUAACUCGGGGAGUAUGGGCAGCAUGAGGGGCCAUGAUGUGCACGGUGACGACGGCGUUAUGAUGAUGGACUCGAUGGGCAUGUGGGCCACCGGUGGAGCCGUGGACGCCAACUGCAGCAUGAUGAUCAACGAUCGCAACGCGGACGCUAAUGGCGGCUUCAACGAGAACAAACUGACCGUGCGCUUCUGCACCAGCGCCGUGACGGCGGACAACGUCGACCAGCUGGUCGUCAAGGAGUCGGACUGCCAGAUGAAGAUAAUGACCAAACCGAGCGAAGUCGCCGUGGUGGUGGAUACACCGAACAACCGUGUCCGCGUAGCGCUGGGGGUGCUGAUCCGGCUGAUGCUGCCACUGACGCAUGGUGUGGCACGUGGCUGGAAAGGGCUGCGAGGCCUGAGCGUGCUGGCGCUGCUCCGGAAGGUGCGCGAGAGCCACGGUCUGCUGACGACGCUGUUCGCGCUGGCGGCCAACACCGUUUCGAUGAGCCUGUCGUCGGUCCAAGUGGCCCACCGGAUCGAUCCGCUGCUGCGCGUGAUCAAGCUGCGCAAGGAAUCGACCUCCUCUACGCCACCUACGCUGAAACCCAGCCUUCCGGGGGAACUGCCAUCGUCGGCCAACUCACUGGCACUGCUGCGAGUCCCGCGACUCCUUCCGGAACGGUGCGUCGAUCUGGUGGUGCUUGCCGAACCUCCGCCCGGUGUACCGAUCCGCGCCGACAUAGUGCUUAUCCACGGACUGCACGGUUCGCUCGUCAACACCUGGAAGCAGGGCCUGUGGAACAGCGAGGGUCGGCUUGUGAACUUCGAGCGGCCACCGAAGCCACCACUAAGACCUCCGAAACGGCAGCGACAUUCGCGGGCGAACCUUUUCGCUCCACCGCACGUUUCCAAGCGGGCCAAGUUCGACGCCCCAACGACAACAACAGGGACGCCGACGUCACCGACGAUGACAGCUAAGAUGAUGAUGGAUUCAAUGGACGCCGGGCUUAGUGACCCGCUCGAUGCGCCGUUCGAUGAAACCCGAUCGACGUCGUAUGAGUUCGCGCAUCGCCGGUUUACGUACGAGUGCGGAGAACCGGACGAGGUCCACUUCGCCGACGACGUCGAGUACAGCUUCCCGACGUUCCGAUUGCGCAUCGAGGACGAGGCCGAGCCAAUGACGACGCCCAUCGACGACGGUGGCAAGCGGAAGCCAGCGAAACCAAAGAAGGACGCCAACUGGUCACCGUGCUGGCCGGGUGAUUGGUUGCCAUUGGACUGUCCCGGGGUGCGUGUGAUCGCCGUUAACUACACCACCGAUCCGUACCUGUGGCGCCCGGUUUGGAUCACCAAAAGGAAUCGAUCGAGCCUGGUGGAUCGUGCGCGGGAGAUGAGCGAUCUCCUCAUCGCCAAGGGUGUCGGACGGGGCCAUCCGAUUGUGUGGGUUGGCCACUCGAAGGGUGGCAUCUUUAUCAAGCAGAUUCUCGUGGACGCGUGGGAGAGUGGGCGUCCGGCUGCGGAACCAUUGUGGCGUUCGUCUAGAGGUACCUUCUUCUACUCCGUGCCACACCGAGGCUCACCGCUGGCCGACUUCAACCUACCACUGUUGCGCCAAUCGGUGGAACUGCUGGAGAUACAGAAAAAUUGUGCCAGCAUUCUCGAGCUACACAGUCGCUUCGUGGCCCUGUACCACAGUGGCCAGCUGAAGAUCGACGUGUUCAGCUUCGUCGAGACAGCCCUAACGCUUAUGUCCGUGCUGUACCUGCGCAUCGUCGGAAUUGAUUCGGCUGAUCCUGGUAUCGGCGAAGUUUGCGGCGUUCAUCUGGACCAUCGGGAGAUAUGCAAACCUCGCAGCCGCAACUGCAUCCUCUACACCGAGCUGGUCAAAAUGAUCAACCGCGUCAGCUGAAGGACGUCGAAGAGUGUGUGAGCGUGUUUGUGUGUUUUGUAAAAAAAAAAACAAAAGUAACGAAAGCAAUAGUGAAAGCUACAAGUGUACCAAGCAACAACAGAACGAUGAAAGACAAAGGACGUAAAACCGGGAAACAACUCUAGUGUAGCAAGUUGGGUAUUUGUUUUAAAAUAUGUUUCCAUCUUACUCGUUUGUUGCAAACAAACUCGUUACCAUUAAUUAGGUGUAGAAGAGCGGUAUCUGAUAUCAUCUUUGCGAUAAGUUGUGUUAUGUUUUUAAACUUUUGUGUUAACCUACCACUAAACGGGUAGUAGGGAUCGAUAAGCCACAGGCAAUGAGCUACCACCGAAAGGGCCAGAGAUGGACCGGGAUGUGUGAGAAAUGCGUCAAACAUCCUGUUUAACAAUCUGCUCAUAAGCUUUAGUUUUGUUCAAUUAUGUUUUGUGAGUGUAUUUUUGAAAUAUUGCCGCAAAGUAUAUCCAUUUAUGAAUUCAAAUCCAAUACGAACACGUUACGGCCCCGUUGUGUGUUGCUGGCGGUUGUUUAAGUGAAGCUAGCCAAGCUGCUUCGGUUGUGUAUACGGUUGCGUGCUUUAAGACGAAGAGAAACUAGUUGGAGGGCCAGCAAAAAGGAAGGGAGGGGCAACGUAAGCCAGAUGCUACUUUGUGAUAACCGUUUAAGAAACUAACGUUAAAUACAGUUACAAUAAUACACCGCUGUCGAUUUGACUUCUAGAUUUGACGAAAGUGAAUUGUGUCUUUUCGGUAUGAAUACAACGACAGGAGAAAUUUGUAUACUUUUAAAAUACACAUGUUUGAAAACAGCUGGGAGUAGAAUCCACGGCGUG